AUGGCAUCAACAGUAACGAGCGACUCGCUCGUCUACGACCGCUCCCGUGGCGUCGGCGGCGUCGGCGUCGAGCGGGUACACAAGUACCACUGGCCAGCCAUCCAGCUCAACGUGUGGAUGCUGAUUAUGCUCAUCGCGGCUUGCACCAUCAUUGGCGUAUUUGCGACGUUUAUUGAUGUGCAGAAUACGCUGCUUUUGCCUGUACCUUGGUACUUCCCCUACUUCAUCACCGUCUCCGCCCUCACCAUCCUCUUCAUCGCCGUCCUCCUCUUCCUGAUCUUCCAGCGCCGCCUGCUUCCAUCCAUCGUCAUGAUCGGCGGCUUUAUUUUGUUUGUCCUCUGGCUCGUCGGGCUUAUUGUGAUUAGCGUGCAGCUCUGGGGUCCCAACGGGUCCGUCAAUUCGAAUUGCAAUUUGUUUGUCUUCGGCGCGGAGCCGAAACCAAAGGGCCAGAACCUGGAGACCCUCGCCUGGCUGCAGCAGAGGAGUAUUUGCCAGAGUUGGGAUGCGGUGUUUGCGUUUGGACUGGUCGGGACGGUGUUUUUGGUGUGGAUUAUGGUUAUUGCUUAUCAGGUUUUUGCUGAUGAUAGGAGAUAG